AUGAAUUGGUUCAAGCAACAGUUAGCUAACGUCGUCGGCACCGAAGAACCUGAAUACGGCCCCAGCGCUAUUCAGCCUGUCACGAAGCAGAUUGAAAAGAUCCCUUACUCAACCAUCGGCAGAGAUGACCUCAAAUGGAAGGUGAUGGACUCUACCAAUGUUGAGACAGAGACAUUCUACUUCAUGGGCGACGAUGGCACAACUUCCAUGGCACAGCUCAUUUAUAGUAAUGUCGGGGGCAUCCACACGACCGCUCAGUUCAACUCCAAGAUCUGGGACUAUGAUGGCCCCGGAAAGCACCUUUGGUGUUCCAACCCACUAAGUAAUUAUGGCUUCGACGAGCCUCAGACCGGUUUUUAUGCAGAUAAUGUGGCGAUUGAAUUGAAUGAGGCGGGUGACACCUACACUAUCAAGUCGGCCGAAAACGAGUCAUGCAUUGUGAAUUUGACUGUCACAAGAAAAGCCCCCGGCUUUCAAAUCGGUGAGAAUGGCACAAGCUAUUAUGGAACUGAUCCCGCAAAUCCAUGGGGCCACCUUCGACAUGCAUUUUGGCCCCGAGCCAUUGUCACAGGCACCAUGCAGACGCCCAAAAAGACAUACACCAUCGAUGGCAAGGCUCUCUACAAUUAUGCCAUUCAAGGAAUGAAACCCCACCACGCUGCCAUCAAAUGGAACUUUGUUAACUUCCAGACCCCGACAUACUCAGCACUUCUCAUGGAAUACACCACUCCUCUUUCAUAUGGGAGGACAGUUGUGGGCGUUGGCGGCAUUGCUAGGGACGGGGAAAUCCUCUUUGCUGGAAACGCCUCGGUCAAGCAUGUGGCUUCUAACCAGGAAUCCGAGAAUGAUUGGCCCGAGCCGACAACUGUUGCUUGGGAAUGGAAGGGAGAAAAAGACGGUAAACCUGCAACCGCCUCCAUAACGGGCGAUCUGCCUACUAGAACCGAUCGAGUUGAUGUUCUGGCCCAUCUUCCCGGUUUUGUCAAGUCCUUCAUCAGUGGCGCCACUGGCUUGAAGCCACACAUCUUCCAAUACAUCUCUAAGGACGCCCUAACUCUCAAAAUCAAGAUCGGUGAUGAAGAAUUCUCAGAGACAGGACAGCUUUUCUCAGAAGCAACAUUCAUAGCGUGA